GACUUAUGAUAAAUGUGUGAAAAUUAAUUAAAAAAAUAAUACAAGUGAUAAAAAAAUUAAAAUGCCGGACACACUAUCCUUAUCAGCUGGAGUGAGCCUGGGUCUCCUGGCGGGAAUCGUCUCUGGAGUGUGCUACCUCGUCGCCAAUGGAUUGACUUGGCCCAAGAAUGAGCAGGACCGGUACAGGAAAUGCAUAGCAUCGUCAGAGGACGACAGCAUCUGUCGUAGGUGCGGCGGCGACAGACAGGGGGGCGCCGUGCCGUGCAUCUGUUUUGCUCACGAGCCUGUGAAGUUCGAAUCGGGAGCUUGGUUCUUAAGGCAGGUCCAGCGGGCCAUCAGCCUCAUGCCGUGGUCCAUAUCCACCGAAAAACUACAACAAAUUGACGAAGAAUGCGAUGGCGACGCCAGUCCUGGUCCGAGUGGACCGACACGGAAAGACCUCCGAACAAUAAGAGAAUUCUUGGAAACUAUCUCUGCGAAAUUAGCGGGAGGACCACUCGAGGGGACCAGAGUCGCGUCGCUGUAUGACCAUCCUGCUUAUUUACCACCUCGCAAUGCAUCGCCAAGCGCUUCAAGCAGGCACCCGUCUAGCGCGAGCUCAGCACAUGUUCAGCUCAAGCGACUGGUCGCCAGGGUGGUGGAGGAAGCUGCAUCGAUGCCAGCGCUAGCGCGUUACGCUACCGAACCUUCGCACACGCCGAGCAUCGAGUCUUCUACUUAUGAAGAUUUACUGGCGUCAGCUAUUUUGAAUAAGGUGAUCGAGCGCUACCAGAAUGAGAACGGUUCAGGUGGUCGCAGCAGCGGCAUCCACUCCGCCAGCGCGAGCCCUACGCCUUCCGAACGAUCUUCGCCGCGGUCUCUUAACUCAAGGCACACCCGGGAUAUAACACCUCCUCUUCAUGAAGAGGAAGACGUGUCAGACUGGGACGAGGGCGAGGCGACCGACGAGGCACUGGAGGUGCCGCGCCGCGUGCCAUUCCCUGAGUUCGGCGAAGACAUAGUCCAUCAGUCAGUUACAGAAAAUGAAGACCGCGACUUCGACGAAGUCUCCGGCAGUGAUUUACAAGCAGUCGACGGCACUUGGGAAGAGAACUGGCUGUUUCAGAAGAAGAAGAUCAAAACCGUACAAUCAGUCCCUGUGCCUAUGUUAGUUCCAAACUCUAACACGGAAUACAGAGCACUUAUCGGAGAUAGGGACGCAGACGACACCACAGACUUGUCAGACAACGCAAGCGACGCUGACGAAGACGCUGAAUAUAAGAGCGACAUCAAACGAGUACUAGACUCCAAACACAUCAUAGGCGGUAAAACAAAAAUAAACGACCCACUAGACAUGGAACCAGAUAGUUUGACUAUUAUUGAGAACGCAAAGGAAUUCGAAAAACUCGUUGAGGACGAAUAUAAAGAAAAUGAAAAGGCCAUGGAUAAAGUGAUCAACGAAAUUAAUGACAAUAAUGUUACCAUCGUUGAAACUAUAAACGUAAACACAUCAGACAAAGUUGACAGUGGUCAAGAGUCUAUAUUAAUACUCGGUAUUGAAGAUGGACCGCUACCUAAAGCUGAAUUUGCUAUGAACGAAGAAAUACAUAGGACAGGUUUGAAUGGAGAUAUUAAUGGUUAUGCUGAUGUCAAGACAAACGGUGAAGUCUGCAAUGGAAGUGCAGGAAGUCUCCCAGAGAAAGUAUUAUCAAACACACUCAGCCACCAUGAAAGAGAGAGUGAGUACGAAGAGACAGUGACGCGGCCCGUCCAGAGGUACGCCGACAGCUUGAGGAGAAAGCAUUUCGAAGACACCCCCGCAGAAAAUCCACCACAAGAUGAGGAAGAAGAAUUAAUACCAGGCUCAAUAGCAUACAGAGAACGAAAGAAAUGGUUGAACUGUGUUGAAAUGCCCAACAAUCCUUAUUCGCCAGAAGCAAUAAAGAAACGAUUGUCAGCAAAAAGCACGUCAUCUAUAUUCGACAUGAUUACUAAAAACAAAGAUAUGGAAGACAAUAUUGAGAUAGACGAGGUCACUGACAAUGAAACAGUGGAUAGCUUGGAGACGCCAAUGAGAGAAAUCAACCAUAAUAAUUUAUCUAUGACGCUAAGUACUGAAAAUGUGAACAGAAUUGAUAGGAGAUCACAGAGUCCGUCUCCGAAGAUACUUAAAGACGUGUUGGCUGAUGAAGUUCCACAAUACAAACGAUACGGCAGGGAUUAUUAUAUAAGGGAGGCGAAGGCCUCGUCAGGCGGACGGAAAAAGGGCAGCUUCAGCGACACGAGCUCCAUAUCGUCAAUGAACAAGUCAACGAGCUUAGACAAUUUCGAUACAGAGUUCGCCUCGCCUGUAAGUGCCAGCAGCUCGUUGAGCGACCUCGAGGCCUCCGCCCUUCACCAGAACAUCGUUCGUGCCGUACUCAGCCCCAGAAAUGCGAGCCCCAACUUCGCUAUCAACCCCAUUUUCGAAAACCCCGAUAGACCUUGCGAUAACGGCGACGACCCCGCGCCGCUGCGUCGGCUCGGCCGCGCACACAACGGAUUACUUAUAAAACAGUUCAACAUGAUCGCAACGAACCAACAGUACACGAAAUUUGCUAAAGAUCAACCCAUAGAUACUGUAACCAUUAUGAAUAACCAAAACGAUAUAAUGAUUGAAUACGAAGACUCUAGUGAACAAACGUUAUUUUCCGCUAAACCAGCCUUCGUCGACGACGACACAGAUAAGAAAUUCGAUGAAAUCCUACAAUCAGCUUAUACGACAACAAUUGAUUGUGGAAGUGAAAAAACCGAGGAACUCAAGUCUCCAAUCAGUGUAGACAACUCAUACAUAAGCUCCAGUAGUUUAGAAGACACAAUUAAGAUCUACAACGUGCAGACCGGCGAAAUUGUUAAAUGUAAACCUGAAGAUAAGUUAUCAACGAGAUACGACGCUGACAGGAGUGACAACAACGAUAAUGACGAUAAAAGCAUCUUUAGAGAUGAUAGCCCCAGUCCAAUACGCGAUGACGACGAAGAAACACUGACUGAGAAGGAAGCGAGGCUUGUCUCAAGCGAACUCGAUGACGUGCUACCCCAUCUGCCUAAAGUGAAGGAAUUGGCGAAGAAAUUUGUGAGCAUGGAAAAUUUAAACGAGCCCGUCAAGAUCCCGCAACCUUACUCCAAACGGCGGAGGAGCAAAGAAAACAUCCUAAACGACAUAGACAAACCUGUCAGCAAACCGAUCUACAUGCACAGUCUCACGGCGAGGAGUAUCUCCAAAGAAUUCAGAGAGGAGCUCAAGUUGUCUAUGGCCACGCCACUGACUGUUCCUGGGGGGUCAAAAGAAAUUCCUGAAGGCAUCGAAGAAGUCACAAAGGAAUCCAGCAGGCCAGGGAGUCCACUCCCUGAACCUGGUACAAUCAAAUCCAAAUUAGCAUUUUUCGAAAGUUUAAAAUCAAAAUUCAGUAAUAGUAAAUGAGGAAUUUAAUUUGAAUUUUUGCUACACUGAAAAGUAGACGAAGCAAGAAAAGAAGUAAGAUAGGUCAAAAAAGAAUCAUAGUAGAAAUGAAAAAAAAAUACUGUGAUACAUUUACUAUACAAAAUACGGUCCCAAAAUUAUUAUUUAUAAAAAGGACGAAUUAAACAAACAUAUUAUCAAUUAACAAGCGAUAAAAUUUCAAUAAUCAUCUAUGAUUUGAUUAAUUCUGAUUUCCUAGCGUAUUAUAACCUAUCGUUUGGAAAUUUCUAGAAUCAGUUAUUUGAGUUAAACAUAGCCAACGAUACAAAUUUUCAAUCAAACUUCUCAACUAAAUCUUCCGUUUUACUUUUGUUACGUUAAUUUUACUAUAACCUUUAAGCAGUCAUGGCUUACCUUAUCAGUGUAGCUAAAGUAAAGAUAAUUACUAACAGCGAUCAAUCAAAAACUCGUUUUCCCCAUGCUGGUUAUUAUCAAAUUUCGAAAGGCCAACAAACUAAUUUGCUUGCCGGCCGAAAAUCAUAUUCAUUGUUAAUGUUAGCAGUAAUUCGACUACAAUUUGUUUUGUCCUAACAAGUCCUGUAGUCGAAACACUGUGCGAGGUAUUUAUGGAAAAUCAUUAAAUAUAGUUUUCUAGUGUGGAUGGUCACAUAGUAAAUAGAGUAAGUUUCUUGUAUAUCCUUCUAACUAAAAACCAAUGAAUCAUAAUAACAAUCCCUAUCAACAGGAUAAAAUAUGUUAAAUGACGUUUAUACCAAUGAUUCAAAUAAAUGUUUAUCGGUCAGUAAUAUAGAAAAUACAUAGAAUUAUCACAUGACUAAAUUAGAAGGAGAAUGUGAAUGAUUAACCCCGAGAUAAGGAAAAUAGGUUACGGUGUAAAUAUUUAGUGCCAUUUUGUAAUCUUUGUAUCGGUGUAUUUUCUUUUAUUUAAGAAUUCAUUGUAGCUAAUGCCAAAGUUGUAAAUAAAUCUAUAACUGUGGGUUUUUAGGUAAUUAGUGGUUGUGUAUACUUUACGGAGUGUAGGAAGUUCUCAAAUGUUUAUUCUCUUAUAGCGCGAUACAUGUCACUAAGUGACAUAUUAACAUUUAUCAAAACAUUUUGUGACAUAUAAUAAUUUAUUAUGUGACACCCUAUCUUUAUUGAUCUUGAUAUUUUAUGUAUAUGAGUUCUCUUACACUCCGUAUUUUAAAUUUAAUGUUAGACAUAUCGUAGGAUGUGCAAUAUUCGAAAACCCCAGGGGACCAAUAUCAAUGUGAUAAAAUUGAAUUAAAAGCGCAUACAAAUCUGAAAUUAUGUAUUUGCGGAUAAGGGUGUCAUUAUUAUUACUAUUAAAGCAGUACAUGAAGUAUUA